AUGGCCAACAGCGAGUUUGAAUACGUGCGCAAAUUCGAAGAGUGGGAUGCGCUUGCGCCGAGUAAUUGGAUUGUUGUGAGGAUUGAUGGAAGAGGAUUCAGCAAGUUCUCCAAACGGCAAAACUUCGCAAAACCAAACGACCGUCGCGCCAUUGACCUCAUGAACGCCGCUGCUAUCGAAGUAGUAAAACAAUUCACCGACAUCGUAAUCGCCUAUGGUCAAUCCGACGAAUACAGCUUUGUCCUCCACGAAGACUGUCAACUCUUCGAACGACGAGCCGCCAAACUAGCUACUAGCAUAUCAACGGCGUUUUCGGUAGAGUAUUGUAUGCAAUGGGGAAAGUUCUUUGAAGGGCAAGAAUUAGAAAGGCCGUUUCCUACUUUUGAUGGGAGAUGUGUGCUGUAUCCGAAGAAGAGUAUUUUGAGAGAUUAUUUGAGCUGGAGGCAGGCUGAUUGUCAUGUUAACAACCUCUACAACACAACGUUCUGGAACAUGGUCAAGGGCAAUCCCGAUACGGAUACGCCAGCCAUGACUACAACGGAGGCUGAGUUAGCACUGAAGGGAACAUUCUCAGCGGACAAGAACGAAAUCUUGUUCAAGAGAUUCAACAUCAACUACAAUGCAGAAGGCGAGGUCUGGAAAAAGGGCAGUGUGGUAUACAGAAAGUACGAGGAUAAGCCAUCAGCAACAGAAUCGACACCGGAGCAAGCAUUCGGCAAGUCAUCAGAUGAAAAGAAAAAGCCAUUGUCAAAAACUCAAAUGGAGAAGGAGAGAAAGAGGAAACAAAAAGCCAGAGUUGUGGUUGAGCAUGUUGAUAUCAUCAAAGACAAAUUCUGGCAGGAGAAUCCGUGGAUUCUAGGGUAGUUGGAAACAGCAGAAUAAGAAAAGGGAGGAAAGAGCAGUGGAAAAAUUGGCAUUUGAUACGUCCUUUCGAUUUUUGAUCUACUGCUUCGCUCCUGCCUUGGCCCCUGACCAAGCUUCGUCACAAUGCUUGACGCAUUUUCAGCCUCCAUCGAAUGAUCACUCGGGUCUCCGUCCAUCCUUUGUAAUCAUCACUUCAUUGAGCUUCUCACAACAACAAUACAUCCUUAAAGCCUCGACUCUUCAACGGCGUACCUUGAAUACUCCUG